AUGGAUUUCCGUGGUGUAAUCCUUCUCCUCCUCGUCUUCGUGGGGUACCCGUGGGUUUCGGUGCCUUCCGCGGCGGUGAGGACAAGCGGAGAGGACUACGUGCGGCCGCCGCCACGGGCCACCCUGAACUUGCCCUCGAGGAGGACGAAGCAAUCUUCUGAUCCGCAGCAAGUAAUGGUCCCCCCGCGUCUCAGCUCGCUGAUAUUAUUGGUUUCACCCAUGCAGAUCUAUGAUUGCUGCUCAGUUCGCUGCUCUUCCUAUAAGCUCAUCUAUUUUCAGAAUAAUUCUGUUUUGCGGUGGGUUUGGACUUAAAUCUACCGGUUGGCUGAUGCAGCCGGAGUGUCUGAAAUCGACGGAGAAGCUUUAUAUAGAUGACCUCUAUGGAUGAUUAUCCACAUCUUUGUCACCAUUCUUCCUCCUCAUCUUGUUCCUUUCCUGUAAUCAGUCCACCCGACGUCUCGUUCUUUGUACUGUUGAGAAAUCAUUGGGUCUCAAUCCAAGUGCUGGCACUGUAGUCGCUUUAAACGUUGGCUCUUCGAUCAAACGUGAAACAUGAAAUCGUCCUCGUGUUCCUUGCGAACUCCAUGACCCCACCGUUCCAAAAUUAUUUCAGUUUCUUUCCUUUCUGUGCUGUUGGACAGGUGGCUUAAAAAUUGAAAGAGGGUUUCGAUUAUUUGAUUCUUCCUUCAGGAAAAUGCGAAAACUUCAGGAAAACUCCCUGUCUUUCUCUGAUGUGAUGCCUGGAGUGAUCUUGCACUGUCGAUUACUUUACUAGUUUUAUAUUUCUGUUUCCUUGUAGGACUCCAGCAAUGCCCACAAGCUAUCUUCCCUUUUUUAUCUCACGAUUUACUUGUCGUUGAUUGGGCAAACCGUGGAGCAAUGCUUUCCGCAUCCAAUCAAGCACCUUUCUAUCCUGCUGAGGAUGAAUUUGUUGACUGUUCUACCUCAAGUAUAGGAGACCUCUCUGUUUGACAUUUGAGACUCCAUCGUUUAGAAGGAAAUCACUCUUGGAACUCCAGGUGAUGUAUUUGGGAUCCAAAGUGGUAGUUUAAGAAGAAAUCACUCAAGAAAGGUGGUAAUUUAAAAGAAAUCUUUUUCUAGGUCUUCACAGGCAUCAUUUUAUUUUAUUAAGGAAGAUGAGCUGGUGAAUGAAAGACUGGAAACCGAAUCUACUUGAAUUUCGACGGAUGCCUUUUUCUUUCUUCUCAUUUUGGGUUGCUGCGUACACACCUUGGUCCAAAUUUAUCAAGUGCCAGAAGAUUUACGACAUUUAGCCUUUCUUUUAAGGAGAUCAGUGUUAUUAAAGCAAGUUUUAUAGACAUAUAUGUCUGCAAAGAUUCUAUUCACUAUUUUUUCAAUGAGUUGUGCCAUCAAUCACUUUUUACGAUGUUUCAAAGUCCCUUGUACACUUAUUGUUAGAGUACUUGUCAAAUCAAACCAAGGAAUAUCAGAAUGAAGAAUCUGAUGAGAGUUUGAUCAAGAAGACGAGUUCCCAGAGUGAUUGUCGGUUACAUUCUAUCGUUUUAGCAAAAUGUUAUUAAUGUGUUGAUGAUGUCAGUCUGCAUAAUCCACCAGAGUAUGAUAGUUUUUGAGAACCACUUGUCUGAAAAUUAUUUUUAAACAUUCUCCAAGAAUAACGUUAGGACCACCACUAAUUUUUCCUUUUUGCUCUGAUUUCAACAAAGUUCAAAUUGUAAUAAAAGAUUGCUUUCAAUUCAUAUCUAUUAGGAUACUACAGUCCUAAUUUAGAACUAUGACUAAGGUGUCUAAAUACUCUCAUUACAUUACUUAAAUAAAAAUCCUUAGGACAAUUUGACGAACGAGCACAUAAAAAUUAAUAAAGAUCAAGGCUUCUUUUUGCAGACAAUAGUGAUAUUAGUUUAUUAUUUUUCAUAUAUAAUGAAAAUUUAGAUAGAGGGGGCGGUCGUUCUCUGUUGGCGUGUUUAAUGCUGAUCCUGACGUACAAAGUGAUGAUUCUAUGCUAAAAUUUGUCCCACUCUGACUCAUAGAUUCUUCUUCAUGUUACUAAUUCUGAUCAUAACCACAUGAAUUUAAAGAAACUGGAGAAAAUAUAGCAGUAAUUUGAAGCUAUUGAUGAAAUUAUGGGGCAUGGUUUCAUGGAUAUUUAGAAAACAAUUUUUUGAUGAGGUUUCACUUUCUUCAUUUUCUGGUGAGCUAUGGUCCAUCGAUUCUUAUUUCCUGUCAUAUAAUUCCUUAAUGUAGUCCUUGCAUACUCUAUGGCAAUCACUAGUAACUUAUUCAAAAUGUGAAUUACAAGUAACCUUUUAAAAAUAUUUUAGACAAUUUGGUGUUCUAAAUUAUUUUAAAUCGAAAAAGAAAUCAGAGAUGCAGUUGAGGAUAUGGAAGCACAUACAAGGUUGCCGUGGUAUUUGGAAUUAGAAACACGAAGAGUGGCCUUUUCACAGUUAGAGAGCUUUUCAUAUGGGUUUACCUUAUCAGAGGUAUGAUUCAAGCCGCUAAAUCCCAGGUACUUUAAAUUGAUGGGUAUUGGUCUGACAUGUGUGACACAAAUGCUAUGUUCCUUUAAAUGUUUAAGGUCAGAUAAACAUGGGUGAUCUUUGGUCGUUGAAUUUUGUGGGACUUCUAAAGCUGGGUGGUCCUCUUCAUUAAGGAUAUAUUUUUUAUAUUUUAUCAUAAAAAAAUCAUCUGCAAAAAUUACAAGGCAUGACACGUAUAUGAAUAUUAACGUGAUUAUGAUGUGGACUUGCCAAACAAGAGGUUACAUAAAAUAGAUAAAAUACCAUACAUUCACUGAAUAGUGAAAAUCAAAUUGAUCAGUUCCGUUGAAGUACAAGACAUUAUUUAAUAAAAACAUAGUCCAUCUCUUUCAUUGAUUGUCACCAUAGUCAAAUCAAUCAGUUCAUAUGUGAAUUUGUUAAGUCAUGUUGAAGUCUCUGUGUGUGGAUAUUCAGAUGUAGAUGCAUGUGUGGAUUUAUAUAUAUACUCAUUAACAUGACAGUGAUGGAGGCGCACCAAAAAAACAUGGUAGAAAGGUCUCUGUAAGUCCUGAACGUGAAGUGUAUGUUGAGUAUUAUGACGCUAUAGGUAAAGUAUGAGACAGUGAUAUUUCUCUGGUUGGAGCAGGAAAUAUCUUGGCUCAUUGAACUGGAUGGCUUCGAGGCGCUGGAUUUUGUACCUUUAGGUGAUCCGUAUAUCUGGGAUCCAUUUAUUCUAUCCGAUUGCACAGCCCAUGGCUUUCAAGAUUGCGUCAAAGUCAGAUGAAUGUAAAUCUAUGCUGGGCAUAUUCCUCGUGAAUUGUAGAUUUUGACAAAGUCUCCAUGUAUUCCAUAGUUUUCGUGAGGUGCUAGUUUAUGUCAACCGACUAGAGGGUAACCCUAAUUACUUUCAAGUUGUAAUUUCAGAGACAGAAAUGGAAAAUCUAAUGGAAAUUCUUAUGUUGUCCUCUGCAGAAACGAGAAGCCGAAUUAGUUGUUUCAUAAAAGAAGAACAUUCUUCUUGAUCUUAUGCAUCAAUCAUUUCUAUAGCGGCCUUCGGUUCUGGUCUCGGUUCAAUCAUUUUCCCAAAAGUCUCGGUUCAAUCUGAUGCAUCAAUCAUUUAAUUUAAGAUCCUUAUUGAAAAUCUGAUGGAAUUGAUUAGAACUCAACAACAAUGUCCGCAGAGAGAUUUUUGUUUUGAAGGCAACCCAUAAGUCACGUCCACUGGUGAGGUCCUCGAGGGAUCAAGGCAGUCACCAUCGUAAGGAAUAUUUUUAUAGAAAUAAAUGGAUCUUCUGGAGUAGACAAUAAUGAUGUCAUGUUUCGUUAUGCAUACCUGGUAUAAUUUUACAAGUCUUUUCAAGAGUUUCUAGAAAUAAAAAAAGAGAGGAUAUUUCUGGAUAUUUAAGAGUCACUAUGGAUUAUUCUCUUAGCCCAAAUGUUUUCUUGAGUUUUCUCAGGCUUUAUUUUCCAUCUAACCACAUGCCAGCAGCAUCACCGUUGACUUUACCUCGACGACGUUGAUCUCGCAGGUUCACAUCUCAUUGGCUGGGGGGAAGCACAUGAGGAUCACCUGGGUCACCUCCAGCGAAGCUUCUCCUUCAGUGGUUGACUAUGGGAAGCUGCGUGGCAAGUACACAUCAACUUCUAUGGGAGAAAGCACGUCGUAUACAUUUUUAUUCUACAAAUCGGGAAAGAUCCACAAUGUUGUCAUUGGGCCCCUCGAAGAUGAUACCGUUUACUAUUAUCGUUGCGGAGGGGAAGGCCCGGAGUUUCAUCUGAAGACCCCACCUGCCCAGUUUCCAAUCACCUUCACUGUAGCUGGAGAUCUUGGGCAGACUGGCUGGACUUCCUCGACCCUGGAUCACAUGGACCACUGUGACUAUGAUAUUCAUCUGCUACCAGGCGAUCUAUCAUAUGCCGACUACCAGCAGCAUCUCUGGGACUCAUUCGGGGAUCUAAUACAGCCACUUGCCAGUGCGAGGCCAUGGAUGGUCACCGAGGGCAACCACGAGAAGGAGCUCUUACCACUGUUCAGCUCUGAAUUCCGGUCUUUUAAUGCAAGAUGGAAGAUGCCCUUUGAAGAGAGUGGAUCGCCGUCAAAUCUCUUCUACUCAUUCAACGUUGCAGGGGCGCAUAUAGUCAUGCUCGGUUCUUAUACAGACUAUGAUCAGUACUCUGACCAGCAUAACUGGCUCAAGGUCGGUGAUUUCCAUUUAUAUCCCUUCCCUUAUUUGGAUUUUCUAUGCUUGAAAAAGUAGCAUGGCUGAUUGUUUCAUUCCACUUCUGGCAUGUAAGGAGCCUGAAAACAAGGGAGAAAUAGAAAAAAAAGCACUGACUGUACCUUCUCUCUCUGCUUUCUCGAACCCAUCAGCUAUAAAAUGAGAUAAUAACUUGGUUGGUCUUCUGCUUGAAGAAAUAGGAUGAGUGAUUGUUUCAUUCCACUUCUGUCAUGUAAGGAGCCUGAAAACAGGGGAGAAAUAGAAAAGAAGCACAGACUAUACCUUCUCUCUCUAAUUUAUUGAACCCAUCAGCUGUAAAAUGAGAUAAUAACUUUGUUGAUUUUCUGCUUGAAAAAAUAGGAUGAGUGAUUGUUUCAUUCCAGUUUUGUCUCAUAAGCAGAACCUGAAAAAUGGACUGUAUGUAUCUUCUCUUAGUUGCCAAAUUAGUUAAUACCUCGUUUACACCCGUACUUUGUUUACUUUGAUUUUUGUUGCUGAAAAUGGGAUCAGCAGUAUAAAAUUUUAUUCCACAUCUGGCUGAGAAAAGGGAAGUGAAAGCAGUGAUUGUACCUUCUUUGGUUUUAUAAUUAGAUAAUAACCCAUUUGCAUGCACUCUUUCGGAUGGGAGUUUGACUCCGUUCUCGUCUCUAUCUAGGCUGACCUUGCCGAGGUUGACCGGACAAAAACGCCGUGGCUCUUGGUGCUCUUCCAUGUCCCCUGGUACAACAGCAACCGGGCCCACCAGGGUGAAGGGGACGACAUGAGAGCUUCCCUGGAGCCAUUGCUUUAUGCGGCUGGGACGGAUCUUAUCCUCACAGGGCAUGUCCAUGCCUAUGAACGGACAGUAAGCCAGAGGAAGCCUUCAUCUUCUUCUACUUUCCUCACCUACUUUCUUCCAUCGAACUCGUCAAACUUUGAUCUUCUUCACCUCCAGGAGCGCGUUGCUGGUGGAAGGCUGGACCCUUGUGGAGCUCUUCACAUAACCAUUGGAGAUGGAGGGAACAGAGAAGGCUUAGCAACCAGGUAAGCUCUCUCUCUCUCUCUCUCUCUCUCUCUCUCUCUCUCUCUCUCUCAGUCUGUCUCUCUCUAUCUCUUUCUUUUUUUGAGAUAAAUCCAUCAUGGGUAAUAAAGGUUUUAAAUUAUUAUUAUUAUUAUUUUUGGGUAAUAGGUACCUUGAUCCUCAACCAGACUGGUCGGCCUUCAGAGAGGCGAGCUUCGGCCAUGGGGAGCUUAAGAUUGUGAAUGGGACCCACUCUCUGUGGACGUGGCAUAGGAACGAUGACGACGAGCCUGUGAGAUCCGACCAGGUGUGGAUAACCUCCUUGGCCAGCUCUGGCUGCCUAUCUCGCCGUCCAGAUAAGCUGGAAUUUGGUAAGAUAUCGGUCGGCCCAUAG